GUAUGCCCUCAGAUCCUUGUAACCCUCCAUCCUAGACGCCGAGCAGCCGAUCACCAAACAGCACUAGAGAGACAGAAAUGGGAGAAUAAACAGGGAUGCUCGCACGCUGUAAGGGACACUGGAGGUAGAUGUGAGGGAUAACUGCAACUGGUGAGAGAAUCCCUCCACUGGGCUCCCCCCAUCUCAGCCCUCUCCAACACCAGUCUUCAGAGCCCCAUUCCAAACUGCCAACAUGUUCUCCUCCAACUUUCUGAGUGGGGGGAAUACUCUAAGUGCAAUGUCCUCUGCUGUAAACAAGUUCAGUCGUUUUGGGGAUGAGGAGGAAAAGCAACAACAGCAGCCUCCAGGACCCUCAAAGCAGAAGGAUCCUCAACAGCAGGGGAAUGGCCAAUCAGCCUCACAGGGGCCUCAGAGACAAAGUAGACAGCAGACACAGGGUGUGGGAAUGGGAGGCCAAGGAGCUGGAUGGGAUGGAUCUCAACCACAAGGAGCUGGUCGGGGAAGUCCUGUACAGCAAGGAGCUGGGAGAGGAGAUCAUCCACAUCAGGGAGUGGGCAGGGGAGGAUUGCAACAAGGAGCAAGUGGGGGUGGAUCCCCUAAGCAGGGUGUUGGGAAGGGUGGACCUCAACAACAAGGCCCAAGUGGACCUGGGUCUCAUCCAGGAGGUGCAGUUGGCUCAAGGCCUCCUUCAGCAGAGCCUCAGGUGAAAGGUGGACCUGGAGCUGGGGUGAAAUCCAUCUGUCCAGUCUGUAAAAAUACAGAACUCAAUCUUAAGUUCAAGGAUUCGCCCAACCAUAACACCUGCACACAAUGUAAAUCAGUGGUCUGCAACAUGUGUGGGUUCAGUCCUCCAGAUGCAACCGUUGAGGAGUGGCUCUGCCUGAAUUGCCAGAUGCAGAGAGCUCUUGGAGGCGCAGAGAACAGCGGACCUCCUACACUAAAAGCCCAGCUCCAGCCCAAGGACUCCGUACCAUCACAGAACCCUGCAAAGAAAGACAAUCUUCAUAGUAAGCAGAUGCCGUCAUCUGCCAGCCAGCCAACCAAACCAACAGAGGGUCAGAAACUGUCAAGCCAGUCCAGCACAAGUGCAACUCAUCCGUCACAGCAAACGUCACAACAAAAACCUCUUCCACAGCAGACAACAAAAGGUGCUCCUCCUGCCAAAACUGAGAUACCAUCAAAGACUGAGCCCCCUAAAAAAGAAGAAGAGUCCAGUUUCUUUGGUUUCGGUUUCGGUGGUGCUCGAUCCCGCUCUCCUUCUCCACAGCCUGGUGCCUCUUCUGUUUCUGGAAAGGUUCUAGGCUUUGGUUCUUCGUUUCUUAGCUCAGCAUCCAAUUUGAUUUCAGCUGUCCAGGAUGAGCCCUCCACGACCACACCAACCAAGGGUUCCACUGUUACCCAAACCUCUGCCAAGAACACCACACCCCCUUCCUCAAGAAAAGGCUCAGAGGCCUCUAAGGGCUCCCCCAAUGUUCCUAAAUCUCAGACACAGGAGGGAAAAAGGCAACAGCAACAAAAUAAACCCCAAGACACUCAAAAAACAACGACAACAAAGGAGUCCUCAUCUGCUCAGGCUACUAAAUUAGAUCAAAGCCCGAAACUUCUUCCCAAAGCCUGUCCACUCUGCAAGGCAAGCCUGAGAAGAGAUCCUCCUAACUAUAGUACCUGCACUGAAUGCAAGGCCACUGUGUGUAAUCAGUGUGGAUUUAAUCCUGUGCCUCAUCAAACAGAGGCAAAAGAGUGGCUUUGCUUAAACUGCCAGACACUGAGAGCACUGAAAGGAAUAGAGCCUGCCGGACAACCCACAAUAAAGUCCCAAACACAGCCCAGCAAAUCUCAAAAGAUGGAAUCUACACAUGGUCCUUUAGAGAAAGAGCCCACAGCUCAGCCAACAAAGACUAGUUCUGCCAACCAACCUGCUGAUCAGAAAAAGAUGCAUGAACAACAGACUGGUGCAGCAGGAGCAAAGCAAGCUCUCUCCCCUAUGCCUUUACAGCAACCGACAGCAAAAAAUUCCCCCUCUCCUCCUGUGUCUAAAGCAGCACCACAGACUUAUACAGAGCAAGAACAGUCAGGAUUUUUUGGCUUUUCAGGCUUUGGUGGAGCCCAUUCACAAUCACCAUCCCCUCAGCCCGCUGUUUUGGCCAUGUCUGGUAAAGAUCUAGGAUUUGGGUCGUCCUUCCUGAGCUCAGCAUCUAAUCUAAUUUCAUCAGCAGUUCAAGAUGAACCUUCUACAGCACCUUCAGUCUCUCAAACUUUCCUCAAGUCUACUACUCCACCAACAUCUCACAAAGGGUCUGCAGCAUCACAAGGGGCUGCCUUAUCAGCAUCAACAAGAAAGGCUAAUCAAUCAGAUGGUCAGAAAGAAGAAAAAAAGACAGAGCUAACUGCUGACCAAAAGAACAAAGCACCAGUAUCUCAAAUUAAAAAAGCCGAACCUUCUUCACAGAUGCCAAAUGCAGACAAAGGCCCUCAAACCUUGCCCAAAUACUGCCCACUCUGCAAGGUACAAAUCCAAAAGGACCUUGCCAACUACAACACUUGUACGGAGUGCAAAAACACUGUUUGCAAUCUCUGUGGAUUCAACCCAACACCGCAUCAAACUGAGUUGAAAGAAUGGCUUUGUCUAAACUGUCAGACUCAAAGAGCUCUAAGAGGAAUGGAGCCACCAGGACCUCCAAAGUUGGAGACUGCAGCGCAGCCCAACAAAAUCCCUACCACUCAACCAUUGGCUUCACCCUCAAUUCAAAAGAAAGGGAUUUCUGAAUUGGAAAAGUUAGCCAAGAAAACUGACCCUCCUCAGAAAUUACAACAACAACAAUCCAAGGCUCCAAAUGGUACUCUACCAAUCCAAAAAGACCAGCAGCAAGAAAAUGAAUUCAAAUCUGAAGUUCCUGUCAAGACAGCCAAGGAAGAAUCUGGAUUGCUUGGUUUUGGUGGUGCUAGGUCAAGGUCUUCAUCUCCUCAGCCUGCUAUGUCUGCUGUAUCUGGGAAGGUUCUUGGCUUUGGUUCCUCCUUUCUCAGCUCAGCAUCUAAUUUAAUAUCAUCAACUGUGCAAGAUGAGACCUCUGCAACACCACCAACCUCCCGCAAAGCUUCCACAGUUUCCCAGAACUCAACACCACCCACAUCUCGGAAGAGCUCUGCUGUUUCACAGACCAUAAACACAGGGGAUACUAAACGACCUACUGCACAAAAACAAGAGAAAAAGAUUUCUGAGUCACCUCAGCUAGCAAGUAAAUCUUCUGUGAAAGCAAAAAUAGACCAUACAUUGUCUGCAAAAGUUGACAAAACUCCCCUGCCUCUUCCCAAAAUCUGUCCUCUUUGUAAGGCAGCUAUUACCAGUGAUCCUCUUAAUUUCAGCACCUGCACAGAAUGCAAAAACAUUGUGUGUAACCAUUGUGGAUUUAACCCCAUGCCUCAUCAAAUAGAGAUGAAGGAAUGGCUCUGUUUGAGUUGCCUGAUAAAGAGAGCACCUGAACCUUCAAGUCUAAAUCCCCAGCUGCAGACUAAUGCUGGCUCACAACAAGACAAAACAGCUCCACAUCAGCCUCCUCCAGAACCCAGUAGAACUGAGGACCAGUCAAAAACAGCACUUGGAAAACCCACUACUAUAUCUACAAUACAAAAUCUUCCAAAGGAAAAACCUGCACAGAAAGAAACUAUAAAAUCUCAAAAGCCAAAAGAUAGUAGUGCUCCAGCCAAAUCCGAAACAUCACAAUCAGAUUCCUCCAAAAAAGAUACCGGUUUCUUUGGCUUUGGUUUUGGUGGUGCUCGAUCUCGAUCACCUUCUCCUCAACCUAUUGUCUCGGAGAAAGUUCUAGGCUUUGGCUCCUCGUUCCUCAGCUCAGCAUCUAAUCUCAUAUCUUCGGUAGUUCAAGAUGAAUCCUCCACAACACCGCCAACACCUCGUAAAGGUUCAACAGUUUCCCAGACCUCAGUGAAGUCUACAACGCCGCCCACCUCUCGUAAGGGUUCAUCAGUUUCACAGACAUCUCUCAAAACCACAUCUGCUGUGGCAUCAGCAGCUACAUCCCAUAAGGGAUCCACAGCAUCCCAGGACACAACAAAAAUACAGGUUGGGGAAAAUAAACCUCUGUCUCAAAAGCAAUUGGAAGACAAGGAGCCCUUGCAGCCUCAGCCUUUCAAAUCACCAUCUAAACCGCCACCAAAGCUUCAAGCUAUUAAAAUGUCCUCUCAGUCUCUCCCUAAAGAAUGCCCACUUUGCAAAGUGGAGCUCAAGAAAGAUCCUCCUAACUUCAACACCUGCACUGAAUGCAAGAUCAUUGUAUGUAACCUCUGUGGGUUUCUCAUGCCUCAUCAAAUCAAGGCAAAAGAGUGGCUUUGCUUAACCUGUCAAGUGCAACGAGUCCCUUCCCAUGCAGAGCCUCAAGAUCAAGCUAAGAAAGUAGCCCCAGUGCCAAAGGAGGAGCAAGAUGCUCCAGAAACUGCGCAGAAGAAACAAAACACAGAGGAAGCCACCAAUACUGGUCAGAAAACAGCUGUAGUUGGGGGAAAGGAGCCAACUGAUGUGACACCACAACAGCUCAGUCAACUGAAGACCUCACAGCAGAUGAAAUCAGACAAGCCUCAAGAAAAACAAUCCAAGCCACCAAAGGCUGAGCCUAAUCAAGUGGAGUCUGGAUUUUUUGGUUUUGGCGGGGCUCGAUCUAGGUCUCCUUCACCUCAGCCUGCUGUUUCUGCGGUGUCUGGCAAAGUUUUAGGCUUUGGUUCCUCCUUCCUUAGCACAGCUUCUAAUCUGAUAUCUUCAGCUGUUAAGGAUGAACCUUCCACAACACCACCAACCUCCCGCAAAGGUUCAUCAGUUUUAGAAACAACACCUCCUCCCUGCUCCCGUAAAGGCUCUACAGUAUCUCAGUCAUUGUUCAACAACAACACAACAUCACCUAGCUCACAACAAGGUUCUGGAACCACACAAGGUUCUCAGAAGGCCCAACCUAGUAAAGAUACUAAACCAUCAACUGAACAGAAACAAGAGGAGAAGACACCAUUGCUUCAACAGGCUGAGGAGCCAUCAAAUAAAGUGAAACAGGAUAAAGAGACACCUAUAUCCAAGCCUCUUCCCAAGGUCUGCCCACUCUGCAAGGUGGAGCUCAAGAAAGAUCAAUACAACAGCUGCACUGAAUGCAAAAAUAUCGUAUGUAACUUGUGUGGGUUCAACCCUAUGCCCCAUCAAAAUGAGGUGAGGUGGCUUUGCUUAGCGUGUCAGAUGCAGAAAGCACCAGAGCCUCCCCCUGCACAGCCUGAGCCACACGUUAAGGAAGUUUCACCACUUAAAAUGGAUACUCCCACUCUAGAUGUUUCACAGAAGACACCACAUCUUCCAGCAGAUUCAGUUCACAAGGAUAAGAAACUAGAAGUGGCAGGGAAACAAGUCAAUAAGCAAACUUUAGCAGAAACUGAACAACCCACCCAAAGAGAAACAAAACAACAUCAUAUUGCAGAAUUUCCAAAGUCAGAAUCUCAAAAAACUGAUCCGCAACCAGAAAAACCUGGAUUCUUUGGGUUCAGUUUUGGAGGAGCUAGAUCUCGAUCACCUUCUCCUCAGCAUGCUGUCUCUGCUGUCUCAGAGAAGGUUCUAGGGUUUGGUUCUUCAUUCUUAAGCUCAGCAUCUAAUCUAAUCUCAACAGCUGUUCAAGAUGAGUCUUCUAUAACACCAUCUAGUUCUCGCAAGGCUUCAACAGCUUCUCAAAUGUCUGAUAAGACACCACCAACAUCUCGCAAAGGUUCUGGAGUUCCACAAAUCUCCAAUAAAGUUAAUACCACUCCACCUUCCUCUCGUAAGGGUUCUACAGUUUCUCAGACAUCUGUUAAAACAACUCCUCCAACCUCACAGAAUGAGUCUGAAGCUACAGUAAACUCUAAAAACAUUGAAAAUACAGAUGGGGCAAAAACUAAAGUUGCAGAGAAAGGAGUAGAAACCAAUAAAGGAGCUACCCCACACCAACAACAACAAGGAAAGACCCAAGAUGGACAUGUUCCUAUCUCCUCUGAAAUCCCUGAAGAGUCUAGAGGUAGAGCUCAGUCUCCUUUACUUCCACCUGCAGCUUCUGCUGUCUCUGGGAAGGUUCUGGGAUUUGGUUCCUCCCUCUUUAGCUCAGCAAGUAAUCUGAUCUCAUCAGCUCUAGAUGAGCCUUCUACAACACCGCCCACUUCUCUUAAAGGUUCCACAUCUUCCCAACGAUCUGCUAAAACUACAACCCCACCCUCUUCUCGUAAAAGCUCAUCUGUUUCCCAGACUUCAGAGAAGAUUACCACUCCACCUUCCUCACAAAAGGGCUCUGGAGUUUCUCAGAUAUCUCUCAAGACCAGCACGCCUCCUGCUUCCUCAAAAGGAUCUGAUGUCUCUCCUAAAAUGCUUCCUUCAGAUUACAAAAAUGUACAUGCUGAAAAUAUACAAGAACAGAUAAAAAAAGAUAAGAAAUCCAUGGUCAAUCAGGCACAGCCAACAACUGUAUCAGUUACAAAAGAUACAGAUCUACCGGAAACAAAAAGGACAGAGUCCACUAAAUCAUUUCCCAAAGCCUGCCCUCUCUGUAAAGUUGAUUUGCAGAAGGAUCCUCCCAAUUACAAUACCUGUACUGAGUGCAAAACCACUGUGUGUAAUCUAUGUGGCUUUAACCCCAUGCCCCAUGAGACAGAGAAAAAGGAGUGGCUAUGUCUGAACUGCCAGAUGCAAAGAGCUCAAGCUGAGACUGAUAAAGUACCUCCACCAGUAUCACCACUAAAGAAAGCAACACCAACUCCUGUUCCUACACAGAAGAAGCCACUCGAUUCCACAGAUGCUACUGAAAAAGAAAAGACUGCAUUAUCCGCAGGUACAACACCAGGGUCUGGGAAGGCAAGUGCAGUUCCACCAACACAGAAGCUACCCCAGCAGCAAGACAUAAAAAAUUCAGUACAGCCAACACAGAAGGAUGAUACUGUAUCCACAAAAUCUAAAGCCCCACCAAAGAUUGCAUCCACAAAAGAAGAGAGUGGCUUGUUUGGUUUUGGACGCUCUAGAUCACCUUCUCCCCAACCUGCUGCUUCCAGUGUUUCUGGAAAGGUCUUUGGAUUUGGUUCUUCCCUGUUGAGUUCGGCUUCUAAUCUUAUCUCCACUGCUGUACAAGAUGAAUCCUCCACCACACUCCUUGCAACUCAGGAGGUUUCAGCAGCUUCUCAAACACAUGUGAUAACAACAUUAACACCAACUACUUCUCAGAAAGGAUCAGCCGAUGUGUCACCAAAUCAAGGAGCUAAAUCUGUUGAAGAAGAGCAGAAAGACAAGAAACCUGAAGAGAAAAUGACAGAAGUUCAGGAAAAAGUAGUAACAAAAAAGGGUGACCAGAAGUCAGAGCCCUCAAAGACUUGCCCUCUUUGUAAAGCAGAAAUAAUGAAGAAUCCACCAAAUUACAGCACUUGUACUACUUGCAAGAGCACUGUGUGUAAUCUCUGUGGAUUCAACCCAAUGCCACAUCAAACUAAGGUGAAGGAAUGGCUGUGUCUGAACUGCCAGAUGCAGAGAGCUCCCGAACCUCCAGUUGUGAAACCAGGAACUCAGACUACUAAAUUACCUCCACCUGCAUCACCAAAAAAACAAGACACUGUGGGUGUUGUAGCAGAGGAUCAGAAACGUAAUGCUUCAGGGAAACAAGGCGGCAAACCCAAUCUUGCAGAUUCCAAGCAAACUACAUCAGAUGCCCAAAUCCAUAAAAAUGUCUUACCUGCCAAAUCUGAUCAUCCGCCUAAAUCUGAACCUUCUAAACAGGAUUCAGAUUUUUUCAGCUUAGGUUUUGGUGGUUCUCAUUCAAGAUCACCAUCUCCUCACCCCACUGUGUCUGCUGUCUCUGGGAAGGUUCUAGGCUUCGGUUCCUCCUUCCUUAGCUCAGCAUCCAAUCUGAUCUCCUCGGCUGUCCAGGAUGAACCUUCUAAAACUCCACCAACAUCUCGUAAAGGGUCUACAGUUUCCCAGACUUUGAAUAAGACAACACCAACACCUCCCACUUCUCAAAAAGCAUCAGUAGCUCCACAAGACACUAAACUAAAUCUUCCUGCAGCAGAAUCAAAUCCAACCUAUUCACCAACCCAAGAACAGAAAAAGCCACCAGAUGCUCAAUCAUCCAAACCUAUACAAACUCAAGUGAAAGAGGAGCAUCCAAAAGUGUGCCCACUCUGUAAAGAGACCCUUAAGAAGGACACAAAAAACUAUAGCUCUUGCACUUCUUGCAAAAGCAUUGUUUGCAAUCUCUGUGGAUUCAGUCCACAUCAAACUGAAGUGAAAGAGUGGCUGUGUUUGACCUGCCAAAUGCAAAGAACUUCAGGUCCUCCCCCAGCUCAAUCACAGUCUAACAAAGUACUUCCACCAGCAUCUCCACGAAAGGAAGAGAUUCCAGAGAAGAAGCCAAGUGUUAUAGCUGAGCAGGAAAAGAAACCUCCUAUAGAAACCAAAACACCAAUACCACCAAAUACUCAAAUAUCUAAAGGUGAUGCUUCUCCUUCCAUGUCUGCUCCACUACCUAAAGGGGAACAGAUUAAAGAGGAGUCAGGUUUCUUUGGCUUUGGUUUCGGUGGUGCUCGAUCCAGGUCUCCCUCUCCUCAAACGGCUGUCUCUGAUAAGGUUUUUGGUUUUGGAUCCUCUAUCCUCAGCUCAGCAUCUAACCUGAUCUCUUCGGCUGUUCAGGAAGAAUCCACCACCAAAACUCCACCACCAUCUCGCAAGGGAUCUACAGUUUCCCAGACUUUAAAUAAGACCACACCAACACCACCCACUUCUCGAAAAGGAUCAGUUGCUCCUCAGGAUGCUAAACAAAAACCACCCGAAGGGGAAUCAAAGACAGUUGUUACAUCAAUGCAAGAACCAAAGCCAGUACAGAAAACCCCAGAUCCUAAUCUGGCCAAACCUCCACAUGCUCCAGAGGAGCUUCCAAAAAUCUGUCCACUUUGCAAAGAAACCCUCAAGAAGGACCCACAGAACUACAGCUCUUGUAGUUCUUGUCAGAAAAUUGUUUGUAAUCUCUGUGGAUUCAAUCCCAAUCCACAUCAAACCGAGGUGAAGGAGUGGCUAUGCUUGACCUGCCAGGUACAGAGAACCUCAGGACCUCUCCCUGCUCAGCCACAAUCCAACAAAGUACCACCAGCAUCUCUAGAAAAGAAAGCAACUCAAAUUCUGCCUUCUUCAGAAAAGAAACAGAGUGUCCCUGCUGAGCAGGACAAGAAACCUCCAGCAGAGACUAAAAAACCUACAAUUACUCCAACACCAAAUGCUCAAAAGUCCACCGGUGAAGCUUCUACUUCCAAACCUACUCCAUCAUCUAAAGUUGAACAGACUAAGGAAGAGUCUAGUUUCUUUGGCUUUGGUUUUGGAGGUGCUCGAUCCCGGUCACCUUCUCCUCAGUCUGCUGUCUCUGAGAAAGUUAUGGGUUUUGGGUCAUCCUUCCUUAGUUCAGCAUCUAAUCUGAUAUCCUCAGCCAUUCAGGAUGAGUCAUCCACCAAAACCCCAUCAAGUUCUCGCAAGGGAUCCACUGUGUCCCAAAGUUCUAUUAAGAUGACACCGACACCAACACCACCUACCUCUCGAAAAGGUUCAGAAGCUUCACAACCCACACAAAAAAUGAAACCACAAGAACAAGCCAAACUUAUUACUGUACAGAGACAGGAUGGAAAGAAAAAAGAGGGAAAUAAACCACAGGAUGAGAUGACCAAAGAACCAGUCGUUGAUGUGAAAAUUAACAGACCAGCCCCGGAGCUUCCGAAAGCCUGUCCACUCUGUAAAGUGGACAUAAAGAAGGAUCCACCAAAUUACAACACUUGCACUGAAUGCAAGGACAUGGUGUGCAAUCUUUGUGGAUUUAAUCCCAUGCCACAUCAAACUGAGGUUAAGGAAUGGCUGUGUUUGAACUGUCAGAGAAAGAAAGCUCAAAUGUCUCCCUCUGCCCAACCACAGCCACAGGUUAGCAAAGUAUCUCCACCAACAGUACCAGAAAACAAAGAGGCUCUCAUACAUACUCCAAUUCCAAUGUCUCCAAAAAAUAAGCCAGAUGUCAUUAGGAAGAUAAGCACAUCAGUUGUUACAGAGAAUCAAGAGAACAAACCUACACAAGCUACAACACAACAACCUGAAAUGCCAAAACGUGAUCCUUCACCUGCAAAAUCAUCUGUACAACAGAAACCAGAACCUUCUAAAGAGGAAUCAGGAUUAUUUAGCUUUGGUUUUGGCGGUGUUCGAUCUGGAUCACCUCAGCCUUCAGUGACUGCUGUCUCAGGGAAGGUUCUAGGCUUUGGAUCCUCCUUUUUGAACUCUGCAUCUAAUCUAAUCUCCUCAUCCGUUCAAGAUGAGUCCUCCACAAUGCCACCAACUUCUGGUAAGGCUUCCACAGCUUCUGAAAUGUCUGCAAAGUCUACAACACCACUGACAUCUCGCAAGGCAUCUGUGGUUUCCCAAGCUUCAGUUAAGACUCCACCAACACCACCCGCUUCUAGGAAAGGAUAUGUUCCUUCUCAAAAAGUUCCACCUUCUGACACAAAAGCACAUAUAACAGACAAACCAAAGGAGGACAAAACAGAUGAGAAGCAUGUGCAACAGGCUUCAGCAGUACCUGAAGCUUCAGUAGUAGCAGUUGCAGCUCCUAAAGCAUGUCCUCUUUGCAAAGUCUAUCUUAAUGUGGGUUCAAAGGACACUCCUAACUACAAUGUCUGCACUGAGUGCAAGAACACUGUUUGUAACCUCUGUGGAUUCAACACAACACCCCAUCAAACAGAGGACAAUGAAUGGCUUUGUUUGAAUUGCCAAACACAGCGAGCAUUAAAUGGAAUGGAACCACAAGGACCUCCCAAAAUAAAUAACCAUCAACAACCUGAAAAUGUCUCCAUCUCAGCACCACCUCCAAGAACAGAAUGUAUAACACCAGGGGCACCAUCAUUAGUGCCAACCAUGGUUCCUGAUCCUGAAACCCAAAAGAAAGAGAUUCAAGCUGUGGCCAUUCCUGAUAAAACUAAGACUCCUGUUUCAGUGGAUGCCCAAAAGAAAGAAUCAGUCUCAGCUUCACCAAAACCACCAGAGACUAACAUAAAGGCACAACCUGCAUCCUCUCAGAAGAAAGAAACAUCAGAUUCAAAGAAAGAUAAAACAUCUGACACACUCUUAAAGGAGUCGGACAAGUCUCCAGAAAAAUCUGCUCCAACUCCACAGGCAGAGCCACCAAAACAGGAAUCCAGUUUCUUUGGUUUUGGAUUUGGUGGUCCUAAGGUACAACCAGCUUCUUCUAAGCCAUCCGAGUCAACCACUGGGAAACUCUUUGGCUUUGGUGGCUUGACAGAAACAGCUAGAUCUCGAUCACCAUCACCACAGUCCGUUUCUGCUGUCUCUGGGAAAGUUCUAGGCUUUGGAUCCUCUAUAUUUAGCUCAGCAUCAAAUUUAAUCAGCUCAGCUGUUCAAGAUGAAACUUCCACUACACCCCCAACUUCUCGAAAGGCAUCCACAGUUUCCCAGACCUCUGCUAAGACUACUCCUCCCACAUAUCGUAAAGGAUCUGCAGUGGCACUAGACUCUAGUAAGAUAGGAGACCCCAAACCAUAUGCAGGACAAGAUGCAGAGAAACCAGCGGAGAAGAAACCAGAAAUCAAGCAAGUCACAGCCAAACCACCUCAGAAACCUGCUCCUGAAGAAGUCAAGACUAAUUGUCCAUUAUGCAAAGUGGAACUCAAUAUUGGUUCCAAGGAUGCUAAGAAUUUUAACACAUGCACAGAAUGCAAGACAACAGUGUGCAGCCAAUGUGGAUUUAAUCCAAUGCCUAAUCAAACAAAGGUUGAGGAAUGGCUCUGCCUGAAUUGCCAGGUACAACGGGCACAGGCAGGGAUGAAAACAACUGAAAGUCCCACAGUGAAACCUCAGUCAAUUCCCUUAGUUAAACACAACCAAACUCCAUCCAAAGUUGACAAGGUAUCUACAGCUCCAGUUGAAACCAAACUGGAUGAGAAGCCUGCUGCAGCUGAAAAGAAAGCUGUCUCUCCUCAAGAAAUAAAGAAAGAGAUCUCAGCUCCAAGCUCUCAACAAAAGGCAGGUACUGAUGCCAAGGCAACUGAUACAAUCACCCCAAGAAAAGAGCCUCCUAAGCAAAACAAUACUCAACUAAAUCCGGCGAAAGCUCUACAAGAGCCACCCACAGAUACAACCAUUCCUGUAAAAUCUGCUCCACCUACCAAGAUUGGACCCCAAAAACAGGAAUCAAAUUUUUUUGGUUUUGGAUUAGGUGGUCCUAAAGCACAGCCUACUUCUUCUAAACCAUCCGAGUCAACUACAGGAAAGUUCUUUGGUGGAUUUGGUGGCCUGACAGAAACAUCUAGAUCUCGUUCACCAUCCCCACAGUCAGUUUCUGCUGUCUCUGGGAAAGUUCUGGGUUUUGGAUCCUCAUUAUUUAGCUCAGCGUCUAAUCUGAUCUCCUCAGCUGUUCAAGAUGAGCCAUCCACAACACCCCCAACUUCACGAAAAGGCUCCACAGUUUCUGUUGAUUCAGGUAAAUCUACCACAGCACCAGCUUCUCGCAAAGGCUCAGUGGCCUCUGCCAAGACUACACCACCAACAUUGUGCAAAGGAUCUUUUGCAACAGAAUCCAACAAGGUACUUCCUGAAAAAGAGAACAAGCCACAUGUUGAAAAGAAACCAGAGCAGCUCAAUGAGAGCAAAGUAUCAAGGACACCUACUUCAGAAAAGGAUAAACCUGAAGCUGGACAGGAUAAAUUAGUAAAACAUCCUGAAAGUGUACCUCAACCAUUCACCUGCCCACUCUGCAAAGCGGAUCUUAACAUUGACUCAAAGGUCCCUCCUAAUUACAACACCUGCACUGAAUGUAAAAGCAUUGUAUGUCAUCUCUGUGGAUUCAACCCCAUGCCUCAACUUGCUGAGGCUGAGUGGUUGUGUUUGAUUUGUCAAACACAGAGAGCUCUAGCUGGGCAGCUGGGAGACAUGGGAAAAAUACCCAUACCCAGCCCAGUAUCCAUAAAAGACAAGCCUACAGUCACACCCAAAACACAGCUGUCCGAGACUUCUGCACAGACACUUAUUCCAAAAUCUGAGCCAAAACAGUCACCUGCAAAGCAGGCAGAGGAGGAGAAAACCAUCCCUACAAUUGUUGCAAAGGCAGUGGUGACUGUUCCAGUGUUCCCUGCACCUCUCCCUGUUGUUCCUACCACAGAUAUGCUGCAGACAGAGAUGACAGCUGUGGUGGCACCAGUACCAGCUGCAGAGACUCAGAAAGCUGUUAUUGCUGCUGCUGAGGUCACUUUAAAAGAAACAGGCAAAGACAAAGUCCCUGAUGAGACACAAGUAGAGAGAGAACCGAUGUCUAUGCUUCCAGCAGUGUCAACUGAGGCAGAUGAAGUAAAGGUUAAAGAGGAUACAUACACUCAAACUGCAAUAGAAGGACAACAAAAAGAUGUUGUGGUACAGAUAGAUAGCAGUCUUCCAGAAAUUUCUAAAGUAGACACCUUAAAAGCAGAUAUUAAAGAGCAACAUAGAAAGGACAUCUUGCCGGUAUCAGUAGAAUCAUACAGCUCGGCUGAGGAGGAGCUUAAGGAGAUACAGAGAGUCAGUGAAAUGACCAUAAUAGAUACUACUACAAAACUGUUGCCUGUCAGAGCAUCAGACAGUGUAAAACAAUACCAUGAGGACAGCAGUGAGAGUGAACCCUCCCCUCAGAUACAGAGAAGAAGAGUGAGGCCUGCUUCCUCCAGCAGUGAGGACUACAAACUAGACAGUUCAAAUUCUGUAGAUGACGAAGAGUUCAUAAGAAGACAACUUAUGCACAUGGGUGAAGAGGAGAGCUUACCUUCUGAUGGGGAAAAACACAGAGAAGAAGAACAAACACAGCAAGAAACCAGAGAAGUCGAAAAAUCUGAUGAUUCCAUGAAGCCUAAAUAUGCCCUAAAGAAACUUACUGUAGAGCCUGAGGAAAUUUCUGAUAUCAGUCUGUCUUCUCAUGACCAAGAUGAUCAAGUUGCCCGAGCCAUCCCUGUCUCGGAAGCAUUAGAAGAAAUCAGAGUGGAAAUAUAUGUGUCAAAUGACAAUGAAAAGAUCAUAGCUACUGACACCACAGCCAUUACACAAAAAACUCCUGUUAGACAGACCACAGAGGAACAUGAGAAUCUGAUUGAAGACUCAUCCAAGGGUGAUGGGUCGUCCAGUGUUCAGGUGUCUAGCAUCACGCCAGGAACAGCUUCGUCUACUUCUGUAUCCUCUAUUGAUGAAGACAGUGAUAGUAGCCCAAGUCAUAAAAAGGCAAGAGCGGAGGGUAAACAGCAAAGAAAGGCAAAACACAGACCUCAUGGCCAGGCCCUUGCCACUAUAGAGGACUCGUCUGAGGAGGAUGAGUUACGUGAGGAGGGUAAACGGAUGGAUCAGGAAGAUGAAAGAGAUGAUCAGCAGAAGUUAAGAAAGGUCACAAAAAAAUUAAAGGCAGAAAGAGAUGAUCUGGGCAUGCAAAGGAGACGUCAUAAUUUGGUUAAAACUGAUAAAUUAAGGAAGGCAGCAGGGAUGGAGGAACAGAAGUCAUCCUCCUUCUCUGACUUUUCUCCUAGUUUUGAAUCUGAACCAGAUAAUGCAGAAUACAGAACAUUAUCAUCUGAAGCACAUGAUGCUGCAGAUAAGCCAUUAAAGAGUGCUGAAGAGGUAUAUGAGGAAAUGAUGCAGAAAGCACAGGAAUACAAAACAUCAGAGAAAUUCACACCACCCGAUAUUGAACCAUUAUAUGGAGGCAUGUUAAUAGAGGACUAUGCUUAUGAAACUUUAGUUGAACAACCAGAACAGGCUGCAACAGCUCUUGGUAAAGUCACCCAUGAGCAAGAUUUGAGAAAGUUGUCUGAACAUGAGUCAGUGAGGAUACUUAUGACACCAGAUGAGGCUUAUGAGGAGAUGAUGCAUAAAAGGAGCAAGAUCAUGCAAAAAGACGAGGUGGCUCAGCAAACACAUGCAACAAAGAUCGACAAAUCCUUGCCACUUGAUGUCAGUGACACUUGUUAUGUGACUAUUUCUGGAAAUUAUGCACUUACUACAGAUAAAAAUGCAAAGCCACUGUUGCAAACAGAGGAUGCCUAUGAAGAGCAACUGAAGACACAAAAAGAUGUUUUAACACCGGGAACAAGUCCGACACAGUCAACUCCUGUGUCUCCUGCCUCCCCUCUAACUGUGUCUGAGUCAUCAUAUGAUUCCCCCGAGGUGAUUCUCAUCCCUUCAAGUGGGGAAGAAGACAACCUAGCUGAACCUAUAGAAUGCAUUUUGGAGCCUUAUAUUACAGAGUCCACAUCUACUCAGAAUGUAUUUGGGAAUAAAGCUUUAUAUCCAAUUCCUGACUUAAAGAUCACUCAGUGCUCCUCUGGUGAAGAGGAAGUUGAAGAGGAGUACAGUGUCACACAAGAAAAAAUGUCAUCUGAGCCAACUGAUAUCCCUCAAAGUGAAGAGGAACCACAAGCCCCAGAAGAAUCAUUUGAGACUGUUCCCAUUUCUGUAAUCUGUGAAGUUCCCUCAUCAAAACAUGUUGUGGAGACAACAGCAAUAUCACCACUGUCUCCACCAACAUCUUCAGCAGUCUCAUCCCCAGAUUCAAAUUUAGAACUAACAACAGCACCAUCAUCCUCUCCGGUUUCUGACCAGGCAUCUGAAUUAACUACUCCAGCUAGCCCCAGUGUUGCUGAAGUUUCUGCCCCAGUUGUAAUUCACAUGCCAGACUUGGUGUCUGAGCAAGCCACAACACACCCAUCAGCAAGUGCUCCUGUUGCAUCUUCCACACGGAUUAUUGUAUCCUCUUCACCGGUCACUCCAGCCUCACCACAUGUCUCAGAAAAUGCUAGCACUCCGACUCCUUCUGAAAUUCUUGUUUCAAAGCCAACACCAGGUCCAAAACCAACUCCUGCACCAAAACCAACAGUUAUACCAAAACCUACACAGGAAACAGUCCCUACUCCAGAUAGUCUUUCAUCCUUUACACUGGAUUCAGCUUGUCAAUAUUUAGCUCAGAAACCUUUGGCCGGUGCAAUACAUGAAUCACUUUCAGCUGCUAAAUCACCCUCUACAGACAAACAAGCUGUUGUACAAAUAAUUGCUCCAAAAGAAGACUAUGUAAAAACUCAUACUACUACUGUUGCUACACCCAUUGUUCAGUCUCAAAAAGGACCUUUAACACAAACUUCUGUUGUUGUUCAAAUGCCCGAUCUUGUGUCCCCUGCAUUAGACCAUCCAGUUCUAGAACAAACUCCAGUUUCAGCACCUAACCUGCCAUCCACUGCACUCAGGAAUCAGAUUCCUACAACUAACACCAUUGUUGCCCAAAUACCAGACCUGGUUACAUCUCCAUCUCAAUCAAUCUCUGUGACUUUUCCAAUACCUUCUCUAACCUAUGCCCCACUUCCAGCUACAGUUUCAGCAGUGGAUCAAGCACCUAUUGCUGUUCCAACAAUGGUAUCAGACUCAAUACCAGCAAAGGUUCUCUCUGCAGACCAGACCAGCUCAGCUGUUGAACAAGUGGCCACACCACCAUCUGCUCAAUCCAGUAUUCCUGCUUCAGCAAAAGAGACUCAGCCACCAACCAGUAUUUCUAUUCAAAUUCCUAUUCAGAGGUCAGAAGAAACCAGAUCAUACAUGGCAGCCCAGUUAGGCCAGGCAGCCGCUAUUUCACCUCCAGCAGGUCAUAGAGAGCAUAUUGCUGCAAAGACAGUCUCUGUUGUUUCUCCCACUGUUACUACAACUGUUGCUUUUGGAACUUCACCCUCCCAACCAGUUCAAUCAAGGCUGACCAAUAUUCAGCCAAGAAUGGUGGAAAUGCAGAUGGAAAAUAUACCAGAUGAUGGAAUUUCUCCACAACAGUCAGUUUCACAAAUAAUUUCUCCUGUCGUGCAGACAGAGAGAGGCCAGCCUGUUAUUGUUAGUGUUUCUCCUUUUACAUAUCCAGCCACAAUGUCAAGAUUCAUCACUGAUUCAACAGUCCCACCUUGUGUGACAUCUGCAAAACCCCAUGUUUCUCAAGAAAGAAUAGAUAAACCAGUGAUUUCAUUUCCACCACCUCCUCAAGCUUCACCACCAGAUUUGCCAUAUAGCGCAGUACCCAAGGCUGAUUUUAACCAGCAAAUGACUAUUCCAACUCCCUCAUCAGUUACAGCAACUCUACCUGAACCCCCACCAAAUGUGGCCAGCGUAAAUAUAAAACCAGCUGUGACCCCAACACACAAAUCACCACCCCCUGUUCCCCCCAAACCUGUAUGUAUUCCACCAGGACUGGUAUUUAGUCACAGAUCAAGAGAGAGCGUUAAGCCACCAGUUAGCCCCGAGCCAGUAGUUGUUCAAGCAGUUCAUGCUGCAACUUUGCCAAGAACAAGGGAACCUCCAAAUGCAUUGUCACUAAGUUUGGCUGCCCCUGUAGAGACCAAGCACAGUGCUUCAUCACCAAAAUCACCUUUGUCACCCAGAUUUGCUAGAACUCUUGAAACAUAUGUGGUGAUAACAUUGCCCUCAGAACCAGGAUCUCCUGUCGAGGGCAUUACAACUCAAGCACCGAUGAGAAGAUCAUCACUGCCAACUCCCAGACAGCAGGUUCCAUCUGAUGCUCCAAGAGUGUUUUCUCCAGCUUCAGUGGAUGCACCUGUGUCAUUAAUUUCAGCACAAAUUGUAGCAGCCCCACCAAAGCCUACCUCAGCUUUAAAUACAGCAGCACCCCUUGAGGUGAUGGCACCUGACUUUGCUUCAGACAUAACAGAGACUCAUCAUAUCACACUAGCUGCAGUUCCAAGACAAAGUAUUACGGAACCUUGUGUAAUGGUCCCAGAGCUGCCAGUUGCUUCUGUACAAACAUUUGUUUCACCACCUCUUGUAAUGGCAUCAUCAGGAGUAGCACGAUCUAUGACUGUUGUUCCUCAUAUCACAAUGGAGAAUACAAUGAAUUGCCUAUCUGCAAUUAUAACCCCACAUGAUACAGCACCAGUUGUAAUGGCACCUACUGUUUUGAUUUCAGCAGCACCUGUUGCAGCAGCAGCAGCACCACCACCACCACCGCCCAUUGCUAUGGAACCAACAGCAUAUCCAGCAAUGAUGUACCCCACACCUUCCUUUAUUUAUCCUCUUCCCACAGCUCCAGUCUCAGUGGUGCAUACAUCAAAACCAUCAGAGGAGGUACCGGUAGCCUUAGCUCCACUGUCAGGAGUUUAUGCUGAUUCUGUUCCUCACAAUACAGUAAGUGAUGUGCAACAAGAACUUGAAAUGCAACAAAUGCAAACAACAUAUUCUGCUCCAAUAACAAUAACCCAGAUUCCAAUCCCAGCUCAAAAUGAAGACAUUCCUGGUUUGGAUAUGGAAGAAGUACUAAUAGUCUCAGCUUCUGAAGAGGCCUUAACUGAACUGGGUCCAUCACCAGUACCAAUAACACGGCUUCAAGGCCACCAAGCAGUUUAUGAGCAAAAAAAAGAAAUUCCAGCAGUGACCUCUGCAACAACUGUGCCACCAGUACCAGUCACAUUUACACAAUUUACAGAAUCUAUUGAGAGUCAAGAAGUUUGUGGACAAGAUAAAGUUAUAUCAAGCAUGAGCCAAGUCUACUCUGCAAUCUCAACAACUGAGCAGCAUCCUGAUGCAUUGCCUAAUCUUGUAACCCAAGUUGUCAAGACUGAAGUACAAAGAACAACAACUGUGUCAGUUGUCCAGGAGAGGAUUCCUGUCGAACCCAUACCUGAACCUGUGGGGGCUACAGUCACAAUCCAGCCAGAAAUCCAUCCAAAGCCUAAACAGAAUGGAAGAAUACACUACCCUAGUGACGUUAUAGAUCUUACCACAUUUAAAGUCAAUGUUACAAUGACUGACCAAGGAAUGGAUCUGACUGCCCCAGAUGCAAGUAGGUCUUCCUUGUCAAGUGAAUCAAGUGUGCGACAGGCCACUGCUGUACAGCCUGAAAUUGUGAAUCUUAGUGCUGAAAUAAUCCCCACUACAACACUCUCUGUUGUAACUGACAGCAUAACAAUUGUCACUUGCACAGCUACAAUUGCCUACAACAACAACACAGUUGACAAGCCUCUGGACCUGGGAAAUGCUACUUCAGUGCCUCUUCCACUUACCACAUAUAAUCCAUUUGAGCCACUUGCACAGAUAGUGUACAGGCCUGUGAAUUUGCAACCGAAGCCUACAACCAGUGCAGAGAUUCCUGUUAACCUUUCAUACAGAGCUGUUGCAACCACGGCUCCUACUCUUAUGCCUGUAACUAUAGCCCCGGUGAGCUUCACAAAUGGCACUGCUGGUAUACCAAUACAUAUAAAGCCAUUGGCAGUUGGACCUGUAGACCUCACCAGGUCUAAGCCAAUGAAAACCAUGGUUGCUUUGUCCUCAUCCUCUGGAGUGGUCACAACUGUUUUGGAAGAUGAUGGUACACCAGUUGAUCUAACAUCUGGAAGACGGACUGCUUGCUGCGAUGUAAUUUACAGGAUUCCUUUCACAGGGAGCUGCAGAACACAACCUCCUGUGACCACACAGCCAGACAAUCAAAUUGGCUAUCAAAUUGAUAUUGCCACAACACCUGUCAUUGAAGAUCUUAGUACCAUGAAGGCUUUGAUAACCGACAGUGAUUUUGCAGAGGCUGGACUCUUUGGUUAUGAAAGAAAGAAUGGAUUCUCAUAUCAGAAUGGGGCAUCUGAGGGGGCUAUUGAUUUGACAUCAGCUAAAAUGUCAACAGAAGAAGCCUUAGACUACUCAAAGAAAGGCACUUUGGCAUUAACUGGGAUCACCACUACUCCAUAUUCUCAAGGAACUUCGUUUGGCAUUGAUAGUUUACUAAGAUCGACAAAUGGCAUCGUUUACUCAUCUGUUGCUGCACCCGUUCCCUCCACAUAUGCAAUUACCACGCAACCAGGUUCAAUAUUCAGCACAACAUACAAUAGUCUCACCAAUUCUAUGGAGCCAUUUUCAGCACUUCAAAAUCAGUCUGCUCCAUGUAGCUUUGUACACACCACAGCCACAGACCAAUCAAUAUUCCCGCAUCCUGAUAUAUCAAAGGAUAUCCUACCUUCUGCAUUAGCCAGUCUCCUUCCCUCCCUGACAGCCUUCCCUGAGCUCUACUCUGAUGCUACUCUUGAGGUAAUAGCAGCCUCACUGGACAUGCUGGUAUCCCCGAAUUUCCCUGAUUUAGAUGACAGCAAGAGCCAACAGUACAAGGCUGAACAUGAGUUCUUACAAUUGGAGAAAUUGAAACAGCUGUGUCUAGCGGAAGAACUUGAAUGGGAGAGGCAAGAGAUACAGCGUUACCGUGAGCAAGAGCAGAUCAUUGUUCAGAAGGAGCUGGAGGAGCUUCAAAACAUGAAGCAGCAACUUCUAAUGCAGCAAGAAGAGGAAUGCAAAGCCCAUCUGAUUCUUCAGCAAGAAACAUUUGCACAGCAGCAACUUCAGUUUGAGCAAAUCCAUCGAUUACAGCAGCAACUCCAGCAACAACUAGAAGAGCAAAAGAUAUACCCAUAUGGGUUUGGGCCAAGUGAGGGUAUGUCCCCACCCUUGAGCUCAGACAUCAUACUUGACUCAAAAUAUUCUAGGGGAGAUAAUGGACAGUACUGGCCAGUGAAGGAUGACAAUUCAGUGUCAUCUGCAGUGUCCACCCAUGACUCCACAUCAGGUCAAAACUGGCUAACAACAACUUCUGGAGCUUUUACACAGUAUAGUUCAAGCAUUCCUGUAUCAGUGAGUGCACAGACAAAGGAUCAAAUGCAGUUGUCCACAAACCUACCAGAUACAGCCAAGCAAGAGCAAAGUGUGGGGUUAAGUGGAAAGAAAUUGGUUGAGAGUGGUGUUCAAACAGAUGAUGAAGAUGGGGUUGAAAAGAUUCCUUCUGGUAGAAGGAGAAGAAGUAGGAGAAGUGUAGAUAGCUGUGUGCAAACUGAUGAUGAGGAUCAGGAUGAAUGGGAUGUCCCCGUUCGGAGCAGACGCAGGUCUCGUUCCAGUAGAUAUGCUGAUGGAGAGAAGGGAAAAAGCUCCAAGGUAUCAAGUAUUGCGAUUCAGACUGUAGCAGAGAUUUCAGUUCAGACAGAGCAUUCAGGGACAAUUAGGAGAUCUCCUGUUCGGGCUCAGGUGGACACAAAAGUAGAUUUACACAGAGAGGGCCAAACAGAAAGUGAUUCAGAAAAUACGUCAGACAGAGAUAAAAGACGUCCAGCUCCUUCUGAGAUAAGUGUUAGCACACACCUGACAGCUGAUGAUGUUGGAACAUUGUUAGUUACCAAAUCUCCAAAAGUAUUAUGCUCCCCGGUUUCACCAGUGUCCCCUGGGAAAAGCUCACAGAAGAUGCUUACUGCUGAUUCAUCAAGGCAUCUCAGUAGUACAAGAUCACUAAGGGCCUCACAACGAUCUCUGUCUGACCCCAAGUCACUCAGUCCGACAACUGAGGACAGACUGAUGUACCAGUACUCAGACACCUACUCAAGCAAAGGUUCCCAGAGCGGCACACCAGUUGGCACUCAGAAGAAAGUAAAACGCACACUACCUCAUCCACCACCGGAAGAAGAUACCCUUAUUGGCCUCUCUGGGUACACCACUGCUUCUGCCAGAAGACGAAUGUGCCGAAACACCACUAUGGCGCGGGCCAAAAUCCUCCAAGACAUAGACAAAGAGCUGGAUUUAGUUGAACGUGAGUCCUCAAAACUCCGUAAGAUACAGGCAGAACUUGAUGAAGAGGAGAAAGAGAUAGAUGCUAAAUUGAGAUAUCUGGAGAUGGGUAUAAAUAGAAGAAAAGAGGCUUUACUGAAAGAGAGAGAGAAGAGGGAGAGAGCCUACUUACAAGGAGUGGCAGAAGAGCGAGACUACAUGUCAGAUAGUGAGGUCAACAACAUCAGAGAGGCACGAGGUAAUGGUCAUGGACUAGAACGGCCACGGACUGCCCCACAGUCAGAGUUUAACCAGUUCAUUCCACCACAGACUGAGUCUGAGUCCCAGUAUGCACAUCUUACAAGUCCAUACUCCCAUUAUCAGUAUGCAUCCCAAACAAGUCAGUAUCCUCAGCAGACAUUGUACCAGCAGCAGUCUCUUUACCAUCAGCAGGUGUCCCCCUACCAAUCCAUCUACUCAUCAGUGCCCUCACUCAAUCAACAGUCCCAGCAGACUGGCUAUGACCAUUCCUCACUCCUCCUGAUGCAUCAGAAACCCCGUCAGACUACUUUGUCUGACUUAGAACCAAAGAUUACGACAAACUAUGAGGUUGUACGCAACCAGCCCCUCCUAAUUGUCCCUACAUCCACAGAGAGUGCCUACGGAGUUUCCCAUCUUGGUGGUAAAUACAGUAGCCUUGAUCUGAGGAUGGGCCUGGAAGAGAGGGCCAGCAUGGCCAGCAGUCCCAUGUCCAGCAUAUCAGCUGAGUCCUUCUAUGCAGACCUUGACCACCACAAUGCCAGGAACUAUGUCUUGAUUGAUGACAUCGGCGAACUCACAAAGAGCUCUACAGGCCUUUGUUCUAGCUUAAGUAUCGCCGAUAAGGAUAUCAGCAAAGCUGACCGACUUCUCCGGACUGCUAAUGUUCGUCAGACAGCAGAUGUGGCAGACUUUCUUGGACCUCUUCAGGCUUCUUCUCGAUUGCAUUCAUAUGGUAAAGCAGACGAAGAUUCCAUGGAAGAGCCAUAUGAAUUGAAGAUGUUGAAACAGCAAAUUAAGCAGGAGUUCCGACGUGGUACAGAUAGUCUUGAAAUGCUUACAGGCCUGCCUCACUACCUCCACUCCGACGCUAGUUUUAGACAUUUCCCCAAAGCUGAUAAAUAUAGUAUCGGGAGACUAACUUUAGAGAAGCAAGCUGCCAAGCAACUUCCGGCCUCAGUUCUUUACCAGAAACAGCUAAAGAAUAAAAAAGCACUAAUUGACCCCAAAAUUACAAAGUUUUCGCCCAUCCAAGAGAGCAGGGACCUUGAGCUAGAUUACAGCACCUUUUUGUCCUCUGCCAGCUCAUCAGUUGGUGGACUGUCUUCCAGGGCAAGGCUCCUGCAGGAUGAGAUCACAUUUGGUCUUACGAAGAACCUAGUGGAGCAACAGAAAUAUUUGGGUUCAGCUCUUGGAGCUAACCUGGCUCAGUCACUCAACUUUGGCCAAUCUCUCAACCUAGGGCCUACCAUAAGGUCUUCCCUUCACGAUGAUGGCACCUACCCCAGUGGCACUCGGUCAAGACCUUCCUCUAGGCCUUCCUCUGUGUAUGGACUGGACCUGUCUAUCAAAAGAGAUUUGUCAAACUCCUCACUACGCCUGAAAACAGAGGGUGAGGGCAUGGAUUCCCAGUUUGUAUCUAGGGCUAAACCAACAAGUCUGCCAAUUAGUCAGAGCAGGGGUCGAAUUCCCAUUGUUGCACAAAACUCUGAAGAGGAGAGUCCCCUGAGCCCUGUAGGUCAGCCCAUGGGCAUGGCCAGGGCAUCUGCAGGCCCACUUCCACCUAUCUCAGCAGACUCACGGGACCAGUUUGGCUCCAGUCACUCUCUUCCAGAAGUCCAACAGCACAUGAGAGAGGAGUCCAGGACAAGUGGCUAUAAACGGGACAUUGCCUUUAUAAAGGAUGACCUUCUGGGGGCCAUGUCAGAUAGCGAAGCUGGAGGUCCUAGCUGGAAUGUGAAAGCAUAUCACCUUCAGCACGAAGAGACAGACUGGUUUGACAAACCCUGCCAGGGACGUUGUGGACCAGAAGCCGGGGCAGAGAGAAGACCGAUGAAAGGCAGCCAUUACCCCUUCCCACACACUCGCAUCAAACUGCAACGGGACCCUAAGGACCACACCAUCUCAGGGAGUGGGCUGGGAAUCAGAGUUGUGGGUGGAAAAGAGAUUCCAGGGACCAACAGAGAGAUCGGAGCCUACAUUGCCAAGGUUUCAGCAGGGGGCUGUGCUGAGCAUACGGGAAAAGUUAUUGAAGGAAUGCAGGUUCUGGAGUGGAAUGGAAUCUCUCUGCUGGGAAAGACAUAUGAAGAAGUGCAAAGCAUUGUGGGUCAGCAGUAUGGAGAGGCAGAAAUAUGUUUGCGCCUAGACCUAAACAUGCUCUCCGACACAGAACACCCUCAACAACUGGAGCUCCAUACUCAGCUGAGUGCUGGUGAGCGUCAGCGUUCUCCAGGUGUUGACCCAAAGCAGCUGGCUGCAGAGCUGCAGAAGGUAUCGCAGCAGCAGACUCCUGCCUCUGUGCUGUCUGCUCUGGAGAGAGCGGGACACUUGCAGUCUGGCACCGGAUCAGCCGCUUCAAGUGGGGUCCCCAGCCCUGGGCAACCCGGGUCCCCUUCCGUCAACAAGAAGCGUCAUAGUAGCAAGUCAGCAGAGUUUCUGAAGCAACAACCGCAUCCAAUCACUGGUGAAAUACAACUUCAAAUCAACUAUGACAAGAAUAUGGGCAAUCUGAUUGUUCACGUGCUACAAGCAAGAAACCUCGCUCCUAGAGAAAACAAUGGAUACACAGACCCUUUCGUUAAGGUCUAUCUCUUGCCAGGGAGAGGCCAAGUCAUGGUUGUCCAGAACGCAAGUGCUGAGAACAAGAGAAGAAUUAAAUAUGUCCAGAAGACUCAGAACCCAGAGUGGAACCAGACCGUCAUUUAUAAAAACAUCCAUCUGGAGCAGCUGAAGAAGAAAACUCUGGAGGUUACUGUGUGGGAUUAUGACAGAUAUUCCUCAAAUGAUUUCCUGGGAGAAGUGCUCAUUGAUCUCUCAAACACGACUCAGCUGGAUAACACGCCUCGCUGGCACCCCCUAAAGGAGCAAAGCGAGAGUAUUCACCAUGGAAGAACUCACCCUCCGCAGGGGCCCGGCGGCUCCGGGGGACUCGGAGGUCAGGGCGGCCCUGGAGGGCCAGGAGGUUCUGGAGGUCAAGGAGGGCAACCGGGGAACCAGCAGUCCCCUAAAACCUCUGUCAUCAAGAGCCGAAGUCACGGCAUUUUCCCUGACCCUGCUAAAGAUACACAGGUCCCUACAAUAGAAAAGUCCCACAGUAGUCCUGGCAGCUCCAAAUCUUCCUCUGAGGGUCACUUGCGCUCCCACGGCCCCUCACGCAGCCAGAGCAAAGGCAGCGUCACCCAGGCCCACCUGGAAGAAGCCGGGAACGCCAUCGCUGCAGCUGAGGCUGCGGUGCAACAGGCCCGACUCCAGCCAAGUAACACUUACUACUUCACAUGAGCUCACAGCCUAUCUGUUCUCUGUCUUUCUUUCUUCCUUUCAGUCAGUCCUCUCGUUCUCGCACUCUUCUGCUAUUUCUUUUCCAUUCCCUCUCGUCCUCACCUUUCUGACACA